AUGGGAAUCGAAGGGUUAGCCCCCGACAACACUUCUCGAUGGGAUGUGAAGAAGAAGAAGAAGUUCCUCAUAUUCGUCUUGGUCAUGGUCGGCAUCAUUGCGCUUUCUGUUUUCGGCUAUGUAGAAGUCGGUAAGCAAACUGAAAGGGAAAAAAAAGAAGCAGAAAAUUAUGUCCCAGAAAUUACAAUACCUUCUACUGAUUUCACCGUGCUUAAUGUAACCGAGAGUCGUCUUGAUGUGAAGUGGGAUUUAUUGAUCAGGCUUCCAUGGGAUCUUCCUGGUUACUUUAUGUGUCUCAAAGGAGAUUCUCAAGUUUUCAUACUUUACAAAGGUGUUACCAUCGCUAAUUCAACCAUAGAAAGUUACACUUUGAUACCUCGUUGGGCUCAACAGCUUACUGUUUCAGCGGUUGCUUCUGAGGGAGAUAUGGACGGUUUGGUUGUGAAAGAUUUUAUGAAAGAUGUUAAGCAAAGUGGUGAGAUACGGUUUGGAUCGAGAUUGAUUCUUCCGGAUUGCAGACAAGGGACGAACGGUAAGAUGAACUAUGCGUGUGAUGAAGCCACGUUACAGUUCGAGCCUGGUUCUCAGAGGAAGGCAACAUCGUUUGGAGAACAGCCUACUUGCCGCUAUGUUCGUUAA